GAUACUGCUUCGAGUCUAGAGCUGCUAACCCUCGUGCCCGACAUGAUCGACGUCGAUUGCCAGGCGUCGAAUUGGCCGCGUUCCCUCCAUCCUCAGACUCGACGGGCACACAGCAUGACCCAGCAUCCUUGCGCGCCUCGGCCUCUGCAUUCGCGUGCGAGGUGACAAAGAUCACAACGGUGCAGCUCCCAACGCCGCCCCAUCUUCUCUCCGCUGUAGGAUUCGCCCGUACUACUCGCUGGAGCCGCUGAAGGCUUCGGCACGGCACAUCAAGCCAGCCCUGAACCAAUCUAGUAGGACACUGCCAGACCGCGAGGUUUAAUAGUAGCAGCCAUGGAGCACGCCUACAGUCCCGCACCGCCGCCGUCGCCCCGACUGCCUCCACCGCCGUCUUCACCGCACCCGGCCCACCUCCAGGCACCGCAGAUAUCUCCCAGGCGCUUCGCUGUGCAACCUCCCCUCCUCAACACCACCCUCGCGCCGCCACCUCAGUCCGGCCACUCGUACCUGCAUGGCUCGCUACCUACACCGGCGACUGCCUCGUCUCUGAGCCUGCCCUUCUCGCCGUCCCCCGCGCCCUCGACGUAUGCGCCUUCUCCCAUCGCGGCUGCUUCUCCCAUGGCUAUGAGGGGCUCGGGUCCAGCCGUGCCAUACAAUCCCCAGCAAUGGACGCGGGGUGGGAAUGUCAGUGGGCAGCAUGUUCAGCAUAGCCAGACAUCAGUCCCCACGAGGCUUCAGGAUGUGACAGGCAUGGAAGCGUCGAUGCCCUCACCACCACCUCCAUACUCGCCUGGUCAGAACCCGAACGUGUCGCAAUCCCUCAGCACCAGCAACACAUCAUCACCUCAGAUGUCCGCCAGCACAUUUCCCCAUCCACCACCUCCCCCACCCCCGAGCAGCAAUCCUUCGUCUGCGCGACCCAUCUCUGGAUAUCACAGUCGACCUGGGUCAAUGGUCAUACCUUCGAGCGCGACAAGCAUAACAUCGAACCCUCAGUUCCCACCUCCGCCCCCUAGGAAUGGAACAGGUCGUUCAGUGUCGCGCGAUAAGCUGGCUUCCAAGUUCAGUCUGUCGUCGUUCAGGAAUCGGAACAAUGAUCAUAGUCCUGGCCCGAGCAAUAUCGACUCGCUUCGUAUCAGUACUUCUGAUGCGAUUCAGCGGGCACCAGCUUCUCCAGGACUGGUCGCACAGAGGGCUGCUUCAAAUUAUAUGGCAAACACAUUAGACCGACGGUACAGCCCCGACACGCAAUCACCUAGCAGACCACCCACCUCUCGAAGAGCAGCCUCUGCUGGCGUACCGGGCUACGAGACCCGAACGCCCAUUGACGAAUCGCCAAUAGUGCCAGCAGGGGGCUGGAGUCGAAAUGUGCCAUUACCUCCGCCUCCGCCGGGCCCUCCACCCAGCAGCUCAAGAUCGCAGAGUAUGGGGCCUGGGACUGAACCGCCAUCAAAUCGAGCGCCGAUCCUACCAUCAGCGCCUCCAACAAGAAGACCCGGUCAAACAACAUUGGCACCCAUACCACCUACUCCCCAAGGUUGGCAGGAUGAAUCUACGAGCGUGCGACCAAGGUCUCCAGCCGCCCACGGUCUACAUAUCGACACAAGUCCGCGCGCUGUGCAUUUGUCUGAUCAGCCUGCGCCAGCAUCAGAGAGCGGGAGCGUUUCGAUUUCGUCGGGGCCAACGAACACCACAUCGGGUUCGGGUAGCACUCUGUAUCGCACUCCAAAUAGAGGAGAAGGUAGCACCCGAGGCAUCCGCGAGCGACGGAGUGAGAGUCGUGCUGCUCGAGAGCUGCGUAUCGAACCGAGCAAUAACCCAUGGGCGCAAGAUUUGGAAGCAGAAUCAGCGAAACCUGCCAAUCUGGACUUGGGAACGCCAGAAGGUGGCCUAACGCGGCGUGGUGCUAUCACCAAAGGCACACCGAGGAGUGCCGGGGCUGUACGCUCACCAAGAAGCGGCCAUCUCUAUGAAGAUCCUGGUUCGUCCAACUCUACGCCUCGGGUGGACACGAAUCCAAAGGCUGCAUCUAUGGCUGUUGCAACACCACCUUUUUCGCCAGAAGCUGCAAAUGAUUCGGCGAUCCAAACGCCUAGUACCGCACAUACCGGCGCACCAAACUCGAGUUUGAGCACACCAAAACCAGCAGACACGCAUGCUUUCGCACGUGCCUCCAUGGAGCGGCAUCGACAAUUCAUCGAGAAGGAGAUGGCAGCUGAAACGGACCAAGAUAGACUGGAGCUAUUUGCCGAGUUCAUUGUUACUGAGUCACGACUUCGUCGUGAUCGGUACUCUGGGGCUUUUGAUGCAAUGGCCGGAGAUAUUAUGGAUUUGACAAGAGACUUAUGGCGCUCGUACGGCAAUUCUGGGCGCAGAUCAGCUACACCAAACACCCAGGCUACUCCUGUAGGACAGGGUAACAGGAGGUCCCAGGGCUCCGUAACCGGCGAAUCUCCCGACACACGCUUCUCCUCGAUGCCGACGACAGCUGCCAGUCCUGCAUCUUCCAUUGGCAACUUCACUCCUCAUACCGAACCAGCAUCUCCUUCCAGCGCAUCCAGCCAGAAGGCUCGGGACGCUGCUUGGACCAACAAUUAUCAUCCUUCGCUCUCGCCUAUCCCAAGUAUGGCUAUGAGCACCAUUCCUGAUGAACAAGAUUCCAGAGGUAGGUCAGCAAGUCGCUGGUGGGAAAGCGACGGCGGCUCCUCUGGAAUUGGUGGUGGUAGAAGAUUGGAGCGGAGUAAACGGGAAUCAAAGUACAUGAGCUUGCCAAAGGAAGCUCGUGAGAACUUGCAGUGGGCAGGCGAGAACCCAUCCACUCCAAAUCAGCGAGGCGAGUCCAGCAGUCGGCCAGCGUAUGGACCUAACGAAUACCCACCCGAAAAGGUCGGCCUGCAUGAGGAAAAUCUACAGCCACCACAGCAGCAGCCUUACGGUUACUAUUCCAGGUCUGCUACGGCAACGCCGGACCCACACAAGCUGGAUGUAUCCCGACUCGUCACACUUCCACCAUCCUACCCACGCCAUCACCCCGCAGUCAACAACAGCCACCCUGACCUGGCAACUAUCCGGAGUAGCUUGCGAACUCUAUCGGAGCUCGACGAAGUGAAGAAUACAAAGGCCAAGUUCAAGACAAAGAUUGACGCACGAAAAGAGCAAGAAAAUGCAUCGCUGUCUGACAGAAGAGCACAACUCCGGUACAACAUUCAAGACAACGUUCGCAAUGGAGUUAUGUCAUUUGCAGAAGCGGCCAAGGCAGAAGCAGAUUUCGAGGCUCGCGAGCUUCAAAGAGCCCAGGACGUAGUCCAGUGGAUAUUCGACAGUUUCCAGGCUGAAGUCGCUAACCCACUGCACGCUAUGUUCUGCGAACGUAUCACCAAAGCCACCGCAUCGAUGGAGCAUCUCAAAGGGCGUUUGUGUAACGAGGCGCAGGAGCCCAAUCCCAAUCAAACGCAGGAAGAGGGUGAUGAAAAACCAGAACUCCUGGAAAUGCUUACCUUGCACAAAUGGCUGUUCGAAGCGCGGGAACAGCUACACAAGGAGAUGUUUGAACUCGAAGACGAGCGCAACGACCUUUACAGAGAUAUCAUUGUCUUGCCAUAUGUCCAGACCAAGAACGAACAGAAGGUCAAGGAAGCCACAACCUUCUUCCAACGCGAUGGACAGGAUCGCAAAGUCACAUUCGAGAAGGAAACGCUCAAGCGCUACGAAGAUCUCAUGAACGUCAUCGAACAGAACGUGACUCGCGGUGUCGAAGCCCAGCUGUCGGCUUUCUGGGACAUUGCACCUGGAUUACUGGAAAUCGUGCAGCAAGUCCCUCGGAAUCUGCACGGCUUCGAGGUUCUGGUUCCGCCGCAGGAGUACGUGGAGACGCCGGCCUACCACGAGUACCCACUACAGUAUUUGUACACUCUAUUGGCACAUGCUGGUCGCUCGGCAUACCAGUUCAUUGAAUCGCAGAUCAACCUGCUAUGCUUACUGCAUGAGGUCAAGACCGGAGUUAUGACGGCAGGCUCACGACUUCUGGAGACGCAAAGGCUGUUGGAAGGCGAGGAUCUGACAGGCGUCAAUCAAGAGAUGAAGGCUAUCAGAGCAGACGAGGAACGGCGAUUGACGGACGACCUCAAGGAGAAGGUCGGUCUUGUCGAAAGUCAGUGGAACGAGGCACUUGGGAAGGGCCUGGAAAACUGCAAAAUGCGUGUAGAAGAACAUCUCACCGAGCAGGGCGGGUGGGACGAUACCCUGAAGGAGUAGCAAGGGCAUGAUUAUGACAUGGUUGGGAUUUUCUAGCAUUUACGCACCGUACCGAUACCCGUCUGAGACCUGUACUGAAAAGAUUAUCUGGUAGUUUAUUGAAUGCAUGAACACGCAUUAAGGCGUGAUUGCGCUUGUCUCCGAAAGU